CAGAGAGACGCUGGACUGACCCGCAGUAAAGAUGGCGGACGAACCCAUGCGUGAGUGGACCGACGAGCAGCUCAGAAGUGACAGUGUGGCCAAAAAGGACUUAAUAAAGUUUUUACAGGACCACGCGACUCACACGUUCCUUUCUGAGUACAAACUGCUGGGAAACAUAAAAAAUGUCACCAAGACGGCGAAUAAAGAGCAGCUGGUGGUCGCCUACAACCAGCUGUUUGAGAGUAAGAGGUUUAAAGGGACUGAACCAGAGGAGCUGACAGAGAAGGUGAAGGCGGUGAAAAUCGAAGACAAGCCCAAAGAGGUGAAGGCGGAGCCUGUGGAUGAGGGUCCCCCUAAAUACACCAAAUCCACCCUGAAAAAAGGUGACAAGACCAACAUCCCGAAGAAGGGCGACACGGUGAGCUGCUGGUACACGGGCAGCCUGGAGGACGGGACUGUCUUCGACACCAACAUCCCCGCAGCGGCAAAGAAGAAGAGGCAGACCAAGCCGCUGAGCUUCAAAGUCGGCUUGGGGAGAGUGAUCAGAGGGUGGGACGAAGCCCUUCUGACCAUGAGCAAGGGGGAAACUGCACGGCUGGAAAUUGAACCAGAGUGGGCGUACGGAAAGAAAGGCCUGCCAGACUCCAAAAUUCCUCCAAACGCAAAGCUGAUAUUCGAAGUUGAACUGGUGUCCGUGGACUGACCGCUCUGCGCAGGUCCUCGCUUAGGCCGACGGAUCGCUGUGGUGGAAGUUUUGGCCCAAAUGUCCAGCAUGAAGCCUCCCGAAAAAAAGAGCUGGGCCAUACCAGGAAAAAAAACAACCUCAUUUUAUUUUGUUUACAAACUCUGAACUAAUAAAGUUGUUUUCUGUCAGAC